AACUUUAAUCCCAAAGAGCAUGUUCAAUCCAUCUCUAUAAAUAACACAUCACGCUACCCUUUUGAAACUAAGAACAAGGGUUGCACGAAAUUUCUAUCAAAUACAGGCAAUGAGACUUUCCAUGAUCAUGUGCAAGCAACCUAGUCCUAUGCUUGACAUACCAAAUGGAAGGCACAAGCUGGAAAUUCUGAGUCCUCCUCUCCACAAAGAGAAGGUUGUGAUCGUAAUGGGAGCUACCGGGACGGGGAAGUCGAGACUCUCCAUCGACCUAGCUACCCGAUUUCCUGCAGAAAUAGUGAACUCUGAUAAAAUGCAAGUAUACCAAGGGCUUGACGUUGUUACUAACAAAAUCACCGAAGAAGAGAGGUGUGAUAUCCCUCACCAUUUGUUAGGUAUAGCGAAUCCCAAUUCUGAUUUCACUGCGAAAAAUUUUCGCGACACUGCUUCUAUCGCAGUUGAAUCUAUUUUGGAUCGAGAUCGAAGUCCGAUCAUCGUUGGAGGCUCCAAUUCAUACAUUGAAGCGCUAGUUGAUGGUAGAGAUUUCAAUUUUCAAUCAAGGUACAAAUGUUGUUUUCUUUGGAUAGACAUUUCAAUGCAUGUUCUAAAACAAAUUGUAUCGGAGAGAGUUGAUCAAAUGAUCGAAAAUGGGAUGGUGGAUGAGGCUAGAGAAUUUUUCAAUCCAUCUGGAGAUUAUUCAAAGGGAAUCAGAAGAUCGAUUGGGGUACCCGAGUUCGAUAAAUACUUUAGGAAUGAAGCAUGGUUGGAUAGAAAAGGUCGUGCUAGGCUACUCGACGAGGCAACACAAGAGAUCAAAGAUAAUACUUGUAAAUUAGCUUAUCGUCAGGUGGAAAAAAUACGUAGACUUGAAAACAUCAAGGGAUGGAACAUACACCGCCUUGAUGCCACUCGAGUGUUUCAAAAGGGCGGAAGGGAGGCCGACAAGGCGUGGAAGAGGCUGGUGGCCGGGCCGAGUGCCACCAUCGUUCGAGAAUUUCUUUACAACUUGACUGAUGAGAUUCCGGGCAAUCUAUCAACCAUUAGAGACCACAAUGUACAAUGCCUUAUGGCAUAAUUAUUGAUUUUUCUCAAUAAUCUUUUGUUGUUUUGAAGCGUCAUGACAAACUUCUUACUAUUACAUAGAUGUAUACAAUACAAACUAUUUUACAA